CAAGAAGAAGAGGAAGAACAAGAAAAUCACGUGACAGGAAAUUUAAAUACAUUUGUUUUUUUUCUUCUCUCGGCGAGCUGUCAGAUGUAGUUUAAUCUUUGUAGUUACACAAAGAGCCGGUGGGUGCAGAUUUUUCCUGUCACCAUGGCGGAGCCCACAGCCUCCGGUGUGUUCUGUAACAGGAUGCUGAGCAUGGUGAACUCUGAGGAUGUGAACGCCAUCAUCCAGGCGCAGAGACACAUGUCAAUUUUGUUAAAUGAACAGCUUGUUGUAUUUCUCCCAAACAAGCUGUUGAUUUCUGCAUCUGAUUCAGAAUUACAAUGGAUCUGAUUAUUUCUCUCCUUGCUGUGAUUGGUCAGUUAAGGUGGAUUGCCAGGCUCGAUCGCUUUGAGAAAACCAAUGAGAUGCUGAUAAACUUCAACGGACUGUCGAAUGUGAGGCUGCAGCAGAUGAACGAGCGUUUCCUGCUUCACACUCGCACCCUGGUUGACAUGAAGAAGGAUUUGGACAGCGUCUUCAGGAGGAUUAGAACAUUGAAAGGAAAGAUUGCAAAGCAAUACCCAGAAGCCUUCAGCAACAUCCAUGAGUCGCCAAUCUUGGAGGACGACGAUGAGGAAUUCGACCCUAUUCCUCCAAGCGUUGCUACGACAACCAACACAGCUACAUCAGAGCAGAGCACAGAAUCCUGCGACACAAGCCCCGAUGUAAUCUCGCCCACCGUGAGCAGAUGCUCUGAAGAUCUGUCUCAGGAACCACCAGACACGCCGACCUCUGACCUCCUAGAGACGGCUGUGCUGCGGGAUGAGGGUCCCGACUCUGUACCUGCAGAGUAGAAUGGACGGUUUUCAAACAGAUUCUUAAACUGAGAGUCAAUCUAAAGUCUGCUUUGGCAGCAGGUACAUUGUGUGUUUGCAUAAGUGUCCGUCUUUCUAAGAUUACACAGAUUACAUCUCUGAGAAAUUAGAGGAUUAUUGUUGGCAUGCUUACAUGUUUUGUGCUUUAUAGCUACUAAACCAUGCCAAAGAAAUACUUGAAGUCAUAAAGUAUGUCUGUAGAUAUAUGUGGUAGUGAAUCUGUGCUGGAUUAUUUUAUUUUAUUUUAUGUUUUUUAUGGUUGUUUUUGGAAAGAUGCACUUCUAACUCAAGAAACGGGUUUAUAUUAAUGGCGUCGUAAUUAAAAUGCACAGUGUUCCUCUCAUUUUAAAUAUAAUUAAAUUAGUGUUAAACAAUAA